CACACACACACUGGAGCUCCGCCACAGCCUGCAGCUGCAUUGACGGUAAACAGAGCAAGGUAGCGCAUGGGCAGGCAGCGGAGAAUUAUUCCACAUCCCUGAGCAUACAUGGCGUCCUCACACACCGAGCCAUGAAUUUAGUGUGCAGGCUGUCUGGGUAGCCGCCAAUCUUUUUUUUUUCCUACCCCCUUCCUUCUCCUUCUCCUUCUUGCAACCAUCAUCCGUUGCGUCGGUGUGUGCAUCUCUGAGAAGGAGGGAAGCUUCAGCGCACAUUGCUACAGUAAGGUACCACAAUUUUUUUUUUUCUGUAUGGAGACGAUGGAUGUGAGCUUUUCCGGAUCUAUUCCUGCAAAUACGGCGGACGGGCGCGAUUUUUUUUAUUACUAUUAUUAUUCCAAACGCAUCCACAUCAUCCGUAUGUUGCAAGGUGUCUUUGAAAAGGGUACGGACCUCUGGAGGAAAUGAGAAGAAAGGUCUAUUUUGACUCACGCCUGUCGAGAUGGAGGCAUCAUUAAGAAGACCUGUACGUUCAAGAUCAAACACACCUCAUUAGAUCACUAUAGAUCAUUGUUAUUCAGCGUGAGAGCAAAGGGGGAUCUCAUAGCUGUGAACUGCAUUUUUUUUUUCUUUCUUUUUUUUUUUUUCUGUCUAUGAGCAUUGAAUCAAAAAGAAGACUGAUCCCACUGUCGACCCAAUGUAGGAACUGCUCCUUCUGAUUCCCACAACCUCUACUCUUGCUUGGAUUUCAGCUUUCAGUCAAAUCCACCAGGACGGAGUAUGCCAUCUGCACCUUUUCACAGAAUCCUACGACCCCUUCUGCUCGGCACUUUCAUACUGGGAUGCUUUGUGACUCUGUUUUUGAUGUAUUUUAAACCAUCCACCAGCUGGUUAUCAGGUCCUGUAGAGUCAACAGUAUCCACAGACCGGGUCAAGAACCUCUUCUCUACCAAGAGUGAUAAAAACGUGACCACUGUGUUGAUCUGGCUCUGGCCCUUUGGACAAACCUACGACCUGAGUGUGUGCAGCUCUCUCUUCAACAUCGAGGGCUGUUUCAUCACAGCGGACAGGAACUUCUACAACAAGUCGGAUGGGGUCGUUAUCCAUCACCGAGACAUCUGCACCGAUCUGUCUAACCUGCCGCCGCUCCAGCGACCAUCCUUCCAGAAGUGGAUAUGGAUGAAUUUGGAGUCACCGUCGCACUCCUCCCAGCUGCCUGGGAUCGAGAACAUGUUCAAUCUGACUCUGAAUUACCGUCAGGAUGCUGACAUUGAAGUGCCUUAUGGGUCCAUCGUAGCAGCGGAGGGCGAUGAGGACUUUGUCCCACCCAGCAAAAACAAGCUGAUCUGCUGGAUUGUGAGCAACUGGAACCAGGACCACGUGCGGGUGAAGUACUACAAUGAGCUGUACAAACACAUUGAGGUUCACGCGUAUGGACAAGCCUUCGGGGAAUACAUCUCUGACCAAGACUACUUCCCCACCAUCGCCAGCUGUAAGUUCUACCUGGCUUUUGAGAACUCCAUCCACAAGGACUACAUUACUGAAAAACUGUACAACCCACUCUCUGUCGGGACAGUGCCAGUAGUUCUCGGCCCGCCCAGGCAGAACUACGAGAACUUUAUCCAGGGAGACGCCUUCAUCCACGUGGACGACUUCACCUCGCCCAAGGAGCUGGCUGAUUACCUGCUACUCCUGGACAAGAAUGAGGAAAUGUACCUCAGGUACUUUGAGUGGCGGCGGCACUUUAAAGUAAAGAAGGCCUAUUUCUGGGCAGAGCACACAUGCCUGGCUUGUGAUUACCUGCGUAGGCACAAGGAGUACAAGGCAUUCAAUAACCUUGACAAGUGGUACUGGGGCGGAUAGUGCUCUGAAGGGCUAUGCAGUGCUUGUUUUGUUGUUGAAGGCAGCGCUUUGAGUUUUGUCCUUCAGGUUAACAUGAAGGGUCAUUACUGUGCUGUCCCGAGCUCCUGAAUGAUGAUUUUUUUUCUAUUGGUUCAGUGGCACAGUGAGACAUCCAUCUUUAUUUUUUCCUUUUUAAUUUGCAAGCCAAUUUGCUAAGCCUUAUUUUGCCUUUUAUGUUUAUUCAUUUUAUUUAUUUGUAAUGGAUUACAAAUGCACUACAUUUCUUUAUUGUUAUUUGAACCUAUGUUUUGCUUAACAUGCCCACAUUUGCUGCUAUUUUUAUUUUAUUUCUUUUGUUUGAUUAUUACUAUGAGUACUUGAUUGUGUGGAUGCUCCGUAACAUCCACGAUGCAAGGAUGUGUUUUGUUUUCGUGUAUUUUUGUUUUAACGAGGUGGCAAAUGGUGGACAUCGGACUAGAGCUGGCUGCAGAAGGAGACUGACAUAAAAAGUGAAAAUAUUUAUGUAAUAUUUAUUCAAGUGAGGCACUAUAUGAUUAAAAAAAACAAUCUCAUCUGUGCUUGUGAUGCAGUCACCUAUGCAUUGUUUACUGAACUCAAAUGUGAAAGUAAUUCAAUUGUGUCAUGUACAUAUUGUGUAUUUUUGGAAAUUAUGUAGCUGUCAUUUUUUUUCCUAAGUUUUUUUUAAUAAGUUUGCACUGCUAAUCCAACUGUUACCUAUCAUGACAUAUGUACAGCAAGACAGACGGUCAUCAUAUUAUGUGGUUGUAGAUGACAUAUGGUGAUCAUUACUCCGGUAGCCUCUCUCCGACAGCAGAUGUGACUCUGCUCUGCGAGAGGGAGGUUACUAUUUUAAUCAUGUUGUGAAUUGUUCAUUGUCACAUGUGAUGUGUCACAGUGCAGUUGGAGUCCCAUGUGGAUGAUGAUUGUACAGUACAGAGCCGUACUUUUAUUAUCACAUUCUGAGCUGAGCUACAAAAUCUGUAAUUUUGGACUGAGCAGUGACAGGAAAGAGCACAACAUGAACAGCUAUAUGGAAAAGCUAUAUCUCUGUACUGUACUGUGCUGUCAUCCCAUGAUGUGACCCAAAAUAUUUACAGUGAUAUUUUCAACUAUUUCAGGCAGACGUUGCAAUAUGGGUGAAGCUGAUGUUGGUUUAAAUCAGAUCACAUUCUGCCCACAUGUGGGACCUGUUAGAAACAAUGUGAAAGAUGUGAUUAUUCCUUUCUUUGAAUGAUCACACUGCAAGUUUUUUUUUCUGGGAAGUUAAAGGUUGCAUGUGAAUAAUAUUUUUCUGGAUUUUUUUUUUCUUACACCUGUUUACAGUUGUGGGGCUUUCCAGCCGCCCUACAUCACUCAAAAUCACAGGAUUUAAAAUAAAAAAA